AUGUGGCUGCUGUUGGCAUUCUCUCUGGUGUUUACUCCUGUGUCUGUCGGAGCUUGUUCUACUCAGGAGUUUAGCUGCUCCCAGGGCCUAUGUGUGCCUGAGGACUGUGUGUGUGACUUCACCGACAACUGUGGAGAUGGCAGCGACGAGGGAGACUGCUCUAGAUAUAAGAGGUGUGACUUUGAGGAGGGAUUCUGUGACCUGAUCCAGAGCUCAGAGACGCUCUCUGGAUGGACCAGAACAGCUGAGGUCCCGGGACUUAAACAAGACCAGACCAGGAACACGUCAGCACAUUUCUUGUCCCUUUUACCUGCCAGUGGAAACAGAACCACUGCAGACCUGAACAGUCCCGUCUUCCUGCCCACUCAGACUUGCCAGAUGAGUUUCUACUAUUAUGUUGGGGCAAAACAUGGAGAUCUUCAGGUCUUGGUUCAGUCUCACGCACUGGGUCAGAGCACAGAGGUGUGGAAACACUCCACACAACCACAGAUAAAAAUGUGGCAGCGGGCAGUGAUUAAGUUUUCCAGCAAUCACAGUUUUCAGAAGUCUUGA